GAAAGCAGAUUGAGCGAGAAGAAUAAAGGAGCCAAGAAUGAAGAAGAAAAGGGAAAGGGAGCUUCUUCCAAAGACCUGGCCUGGAAACGAGAUACAAAAGUGGGGAAAGACUCUAAAAAGGAAGAAAGCGUUCAGAAAACAGACCCAAAAGUUAAAGCUGAGGCUGAGACCAAGGCCAAAGAGGAGAAGGCUAUCAAUGACAAAGUCAAGGCGAUGGAGAAAAAGCUGAUGGGGAAGGACAAAAAGGAGGAAGAGAAGGGCUCAGCAUUGAAGAAGGACACGGGGAGGGAUAAAAAGGAGGAAGAAAAGGGCUCAGCGUUGAAGAAGGAUGCAGGGAAGUACAAAAAGGAGGAAGAAAAGGGCUCAGCCUUGAAGAAGGAUGCAGGGAAGGAUAAAAAGGAAGAAGAGAAGGGCUCAGCAGCAAAGGAGACAGGGAAGGACAAAAAAGAAGAAGAAAAGGGUUCUGUGUUGAAGAAGGGCACAGGGAAGGACAAAAAGGAGGAAGAGAAGAGCUCAGGAUCAAAGAAAGAGGCAGAAAAAGACACAAAGGGAGAAGAUAAGAAAGAAAAAGAUAAAAAAGAAGAGGAAAAGAGUUCAGCUUUGAAAAAAUCAAAGGCAGACGAGAAGGAGAAAUCCCAGCCCGAGGCAGCGGAGGAGAAACAGGAGGCCAAGGCAGCGGCCGAGAGCAGUCCCUCCAAGCCCACCACCGGCAGCUCCCCAGAUCAGGCCAAGGAUGACGAAGCCUCCAGCAUUUUCGAUGAACUCAUCGAGAAGGUGAAGAACAACGAUGCCGAGGUCACCGAAGUGAACGUGAACAACUCAGACUGCAUCAACAACGAGACCCUGGUGCGCUUCACCGAGGCCCUGGAGUUCAACACUGUGGUCAAGCUGUUUGCCUUGGCCAACACCCGUGCCGACGACCACGUGGCCUUCGCCAUCGCCAUCAUGCUGAAGUCCAACAAGGUGCUGACGAGCAUCAACCUGGACUCCAACCACAUCACGGGCAAGGGCAUCCUGGCCAUUUUCCGGGCGCUGCUGCAGAACAACACGCUGACGGAGCUGCGUUUCCACAACCAGCGGCACAUCUGCGGGGGGAAGACGGAGAUGGAGAUCGCCAAGCUCCUGAAGGAAAACACCACGCUUCUGAAGCUGGGCUACCACUUCGAGCUGGCCGGACCACGCAUGACAGUCACCAACCUGCUGAGCCGAAACAUGGACAAACAGAGGCAGAAACGCCUCCAGGAGCAGAAACUGGCACAGGAGCGUGGGGAGAAGAAAGACCUCCUGGAGGUGCCCAAGCCUGGAGUCCUGCCGAAGGGGUCCCCCAAGCCAUCCCCGCAGCCGUCCCCCAAGGCU